AUUGAUGAAGGAAAUCAGUGUAGAUCAGUGCUUAGAUUGUGUUUCCCUUGCGGAGUACCUCUGAGGGGACUACAGUAGGUGUUUGACUGUCAAGAAAACUAGAAGAAUGAAACUCGUACUGGUGUUGAUGCUGUGUGCCUUGGCGGCUGCAGCUCCUAAAUCUAAUAAACCAGUGCCAGCGGCUCAAGUCGCUGACACGCUCGAAAGUCGGAAUUUACUUGUGAAUGCCUUGGUCCGUCAGCUGAUCGCAUACGUUCGAUUCGUCGUUAACCAUGGUUCUUCAAUCUUCAACAUCCCUCCUUUGGACCCUCUAAAUUUGGAGGACUACCAUCUCAACGUUCCUGCUGGACUUGUCAACUUGGACUUGAAGCUUUCCAAUAUAUUGGCGACUGGUCUGGGUAAAUUCGUGGUGCACAAGAGUAACCUGGACUUGUCUACGCUAACCUUCGACCUUGACAUCUCCGUGCCAGUCCUUGACGCAACUGCUGAGGAGUACGACCUUCUUGGUGAUCUCUUCACAGCCAUCCCUCUGUACGGAAAAGGAAAAGCUCUAUUCCAAGUGGAAAACUUCAGGUUCCAAGCUAAACUGUACCUGAGGCAGUCCGACGACGAGAAGUCUGUGCUCAUCGACAGAAUCGAGAACGUUUCCUUCCAAGUGCCCAGCUUCAAGUCGGAAUUGACCGGAGUCAUCGGCGGCGGUGACAUCGACGGUAUCGUCAACUCUGUCAUCGAAGAAGUCGUUGUAGACUACGUUAACAGGUUCCAAGGAGCUAUCGGCAAGACUGCCGCGUCCCUUGCCAUCUCAGGGCUGAACCCUCUGCUGGAACAGCUCGACACUUGGCGUUACAUCGCAGUCCUGAUACCCAGACGCCAAUAAACUGACCAGUAUUUUUAAAUACACCUGUACCUGCUUAUGAUGAAGAUGUUGCAUUCGCAAGUUCCUAUGAGACGAUAAAAGAUGAACGAAUCGCUUGGUUUUUAGAUCGAGGAAUUCUAAUUCAUUAUGAUAUUACACAAUUAAAAUUUAUGUUUAUUUA